AGUAGGUAGAUCCUAAGCCAUUCUCUUUGCAGGGAAGACUGCACUCCAAGAAUACACACCUCUGCUUAUCUUGUUGAGAAGGAUGUUAUCUCUUUAUCUUCUCUAGACUCUCCUCUUAUCACUAUUUAAACCUUCACUCUCUCUUGCCGCCACCGGGAAAAAAAAAACCAUCUGAACUCAUCUUGUAAGGGAAGACACAAUGCAGUCCCAUCGACUCCCACCUGCAUGCGAUUUAUGCCAUCUCAAGAAGAUCCGAUGCGACCGGCAAAGCCCAUGUAGCAACUGUGUUCUGACGAAGACUGCCUGUCUUCGUGAGCGACCGAAGAGUACCAGUCAAGCAAACCGGUUUGACACGAGUAGGAUGGACGAAAUGUUGCAGCGAAUGUCGCAGCUAGAGGAAUCGAUCAGACAGGCAAGCUCUAGGGCGUUUGGAUCUCAGUCGGAAUCCAUAGAUGAGCAGCAGUCGAACAACAACUUGACAGACGAGCAGUCGAGGGCCUUUUUCUCGCCCAAGGAUACCCCGUUUAGUUCGGCCGGGGAUGAAGACGCAGUGCAAGACCCCCAACCGCCGGAACCGUCGGAAAUGUCCCCAGAGAGCGGGCUGCGACCGAGCUCUGCAGACAACAACAACAACAACAACAACCACAACAACAACAACAUCGAUCCCUCCUCCCUCCCACCGCUGGGCCUGCGCAAGCGACGCGCACAGUCCGUCUUGGGUUCAGAGAGCAAACGCGCUCACGCCGGCAAGAGCGAUGCCGUCGACGAGAGCCAAUCUCCAGAAUGCCAGGCGCUGGCCUCGAUAGAUCUCCAGAGAUAUUUCUGCAACCACCACUCGGGAAACGCGCAGGAUCUCGCCAGGGAACGCCAUUUUGUUCUCGAAUCAGCCAUCAGGCUCGCGAAACAAGUGGCCAACACAGAACCCAAGCUCGAGGGGUUAGAUGAGAUUGGGCAGAAUCGGUCGGCAUUCUACGAUCCCAGGAUGUACCCGUCGAUCGAGUUUCUGCAUGUGGCUCUCAAUCAUGAUACAAGUAACGUCGCCACGGCGUACUUCCUGGAGUUUAAUGAAACCGUUUCGAAGGAAUGUUUGGAACAGAUGGGGUUGAGCCUGGUCGAAUGCAGUGUGCAUGACCAACUUCGCCUCCGGUACAUCAUCUGCGUGAACUACCUGGCAUACGCCUUUCUGACUGCGACGGACUCGAGCUCGAAGAGCAACAGAAUGCACAAGCAUCUGGGCCUUGCGCGACUACGAUACCGGCGCAAUGUGCUCGUCGCCCUCAAGCAACUGGACACUCGAGCCGAGCCAGAGUUAUCCCUCUUACAAGCCAUCGUCUCUGCGGCAAUGUUGAUGCAGGAUAUUGGGAAUAUGAGGGGCUGCUGGCGGUUGAAUCGGCUCGCGUGUCGGAUCUGCGCAUCGCUGAACCAGUCUCCCGUCAAAGAAUCGAUUCCGGAACAAGACCGAGCGGAAAUCCGAAUGAUCUCUAUCAAAUGCUAUGUCUUCGACAAAGCGCUGUCCGCACAUGUGUAUCAACCGGCCUGUUCGGACGUCAUGGAGGUGGACUCGACCGUCCUUGUCCCCACCAGGCCCGGGCAUGCGAUGCUGCUGACCCUGCUUGAGAUUGCCUCCGUGCAGGACGCCCUCCUGCGCGAAACCCGACACUGGAACUCCCCCGGCCACACCCCGUCGUAUGUGCAAGACCGAUUCGUAGGGCUCCAGCAGCGCAUGCUGCGAAUUGCGAGGAAAAUCCAACAAUACCGGUCGGAGGCCCCCUGCUGUGACAAUGAGUUUCUGUCCUUUGAGUGGCUGAACCUCGAGUUCGUCUAUUACUCGAUGAUGACCUCGGUGAUUCGACUGGGCAUGAAGGGCUCCGACCCCAAACUACACCAGGAAUGCCUCCAGAACGCACGCAACGCGCUCUUGACGCUCACGGUGAUGUUAGACUUUGCGUCGCGGUCGUCGUCCAUUACCGACAAGUGCAUCAAUUCUCUCGCGUGGGUGGUGCCGCUCUUCUCGCUGCGGCCGAUUUACUUUAUCUUCAGCACUCUGGUCGCGACAUCCGAAGCGUCCGAUCUGGACCUCCUGCAGGAUAUCUCGCGCGGUCUCUCGCCAAUCGACCGAUCCCAUUACUCGCUGAUGGAGAUCAAACGUCUCUGCGACUCCCUGAUCGAAUUGUACAAGCAGUUCUCGGAGCGGAUGCGAUUCAGCCAACGUCUCAGUCGACUGCAGAUUCGGCGACGGGGGCUGGCCCCCGCGGGGACUAAUAAUAAUCUGUCGGAAUUGGAUCCCUACAAGAAUGCAACCAGCGGCUACGAGGAAAUCAACAUGUGGUCGUCGAAGAAUCCCGGCGUAGCGGGCGAAGAAUCCUUGGGCAUAGACAUGGAGGACCUCCCCUUUGCGCCGGACCCGCAGGACGCCUCGCCGCUGUUCCUGGAUUCCUUGAGCGACCCUUUGCGCGGAGGCUUCUUGUCAGACUGGGACUGUUUUGCAAUGCAAACCAACUCAUUGCAAGGAGGAGCAGAUGGGGGGAUGCCUUUUUAAUCCCUGCCUUUAGAUACAACCC